GCUGUGUACCGGCAAACCAUUGGAGGAAGCCAAGGAGAAGUGUGCGGUAUUAAAGAAGGAAGAGACGGAAGAAGAGAAGGAGGAGAUCGAGGAAGACGAGGAAGCGAAGGAGCAGCAGGAUGCUACGUACGUGGCCUGCAUUUCGGACGUCUGCCAGACGGCCAAUGGCGAUUUCGGAGAGGCGGCAAAAGAGACGGAGGAAGAGAGCGAGAUGCAAGCGGCUCUGAAGCACAAGAAGGCCUUCCGCGUGGCCGCAGCAGAUGGUGACUGCAAGACAGGUUGGACUCCCACCGACUCCAACGACAACUUCCUGUCGGAUGAGGAGAAGUCCCGUGCCGACAAGAAGAAGCAAGGAUGCACCACUGCAUGCAAAGUGUGCCGCCCUGCACACCGCCGCUACCUCAUCGGACCGCUUGCGCUCCACAACGAGACACAGGCCGCUUGUCAAAACCAGCAGCUCGCCAUGCCCAAGUCGGACGGCGACAAGACGCGGCUCUCGAUCCUUCAGAAGAAGUUUUGCUCGGCAGAGAAGGCUUGGCUUGGUGCGAACUACAAGGAUGACGCCUGGAAGUGGGCUGAUGGAUCCGUGGUCGAAGGCACUGGUGGCAUCACCGGCAAAGCAGGCGACUAUCUCUGUAUGGACAAGGAGGAUGGUAGCUACUUGAAUUGCGACCACCGUCCCGACGUCAAGCACGAUGCCCUCUGCGAGACGAUUUUCUAUUAG